CUCUCUCUCUCACACACACACACACACACACACACACACACACACACAUGCACUUCCCCCAACACCAGAAACAGGCAACCAGCUGGCUGGGAAGAGAGCAGUUAAUGGUUAAUGCUCCUCUGUGGGGAAAUGUCGCAGGAGAAAUUGGCUCAUUGCGGUCAUUGCUUGCUUUGCUUAGCUAAUCAUCUCCAGGAGAGCUGUUUUCUCUUCCAGACCUAUUCCUAGUAUUUUACCAAGAAUAUUGUACCUUUUGCCUGUGCUUCUUUGCUGAUACUCUUCUUCAACUCCAGCAAAGCCCACUUUUAGCAAGAGAGUCGUGUUGAUCUGUUUCCUUGGCAUAAAUGCAGUAUUGGGGGGGGGAGCUUGGCAUCCACUUCUGUCACUUAGAUCAGUAUCUGAUCCCAGCUUUGACUCAGUGGAAUCAUCCAGACUGGGCUAAAGCUAGUAACUGAGGUCAGAAUCCAGCCCUCACCUUUCCCAUAUUGGCCACAGCAACAGUUUCAGGAUUGUAUUAGCUUCACCGCACUCGCUGUAAGAUGCAGACUUGAGAAUCCAAUCCUUUUAUCUUCAGUCUACCUAUGGAUGUUCUGGGUGUGUGAGAGUUAAGCCUUCCCUCUUCAGGUUGAAGGAGGAGAGGGGCCCUGACUUCCUGAUAGAGAGGGCUGCCCUGUGGCAACCUCUUAACCCUGCCCCCUUCCCUCCUACAAAGGAGGGGCUCCGUUUCCUGAUUUCCCCGGGGAAGUGAAACUAGCUCUCUGGGUUCAAAACUUUGCAGCAGGGCAGCGUGCCUUGCCGUGUUUGUUUUUUUCUCAAUUCGGGCAUCUAGCGAAUCUGUCAGAUUCUGCCCUGCCGCUCUCCUGCCACUGGAAAUUGGAUACCGGAGGAAAGAUCUUUUUCAAGCGAUUAAAACUGCCAGAGAGACAGAAGGCAAGUUUAUAACACUGGACUUGGGCUGUUGAUCGGAGAGCAGGACAGAGAGGGGAGGUAAAAGCUGAACAUAGCAGCAGCGGCAGGGUGCUCUUGAAGUGGACUUAUUUGUCGAGGCGCACAAGGAAUGUCUCCUGAGCUGGACUUGCUAAUCUGCUCGGGACAAAUGCUGUGUGUUAACUCCACAGAGCUUCAGAUAGAGGGGAAAGUGCUGGCACCAUGUGGCAACAGCAGCUUAAUGGUGACGGUGGGUACAAGUUGAACUUCUAAGGCACUAUGGAGAGGGGAUUUAGGAACACUUUACAGUGGUGUGGCCUUUUAAAAAGGAACAAAUUCUAGGCUGUUCUGGUAAUUCUACGUUUACUUGUUUAUAUCUGAUGAAUUUGGUGCAAAAGAACAGUCCUGCAUGUGUUGAAUGUGUUUCCUUUGUAGUAGUCUCUGUACAGUUCUGUGGUGGGUAUUAGACAUGGGAGCAAAACUGUUGAGAGACCUUAUCUGACCGGUUUUAGAUCCGGGAGUGUUUGUGUCUGUUGUGGCUCAUGAGUACAUGUACUUUUCCAGCAGGGCUCUUUGGAUAGCAGUGCUCUUUCCAGCAGGGCCUCUUUGUCCUGCCUUCUGUGUCUUUACUUGCUCAAACAGCACUUACAGCAAGGAAUUAGGUGAUAGAAUGGUCUGCAUCUCUUAGAAUCACUUGGAAGGAACAAUUUUGCAUGGUCAUGGCCUCUCUCCUGUUGUCACCUUGUAUUUUCCCAUCACGUUUGUAUCCCUCAUCUUACCGCGCAGCUGGAUCCUUAUGGUGGUUUAUAGACAAAAUAUACAAAAUAACUGCACAGGCUGUCUUAAGAGCUGGCUAUUUAAUACACUGAGAUGCCUUUGGCGGCUGAGCCACUAUCUGAACACACUUCCUUGAGCCUCUGGCACUCUGUGUGUUUAACUGUAACUAGUUCUAAGUCCAAGGUUAAAGCAUGGAGCCGGUCAUACUGAUAUCCUGUCUUGCUAGGCUACCUCGUGAUUAGUUGCUGGACGUUUCUGUUUGCUGAACAGCUGAGACUGUCUCAUGUUUUUUCUUUUUUCUUUUCAGUCUUUAGGUAGUUCUGCUUCCCAUUAACCUUCUGUCUUCACACUUUAUAACCUCAAAUGCUUCUCUUCUCAUGCUCCAUUUAGAGCAGGUGUAGAUAAUUUAUGGCCCUCCGAAUGUUAGUGAACUACAACUCCCAUCAGUCCCAGCAAGUGUGGCUGAUGGCCAAGGAUGAUGGGAAUUGCAGUCUGGAGGGCCAAAGCUUGCCCGUGUCUGUUACAGAGUUUGUGAAGCUUUCACAACCAACUAUUGUGGCUUCAACUGUUUUUAUGAGCCUGGCAGAGUAGAAAGUGGGACCUAGUUCCUGUGAGCAUUAAACCCAGAUGAAGAGAAGAGUGUUUCCAUCACUUUGCCUUCUGAACGUUAGCACGAGUAACCAUGAGACUGGCAGCUGCGCUGACUUCCUGAAAGGUUCAGUUCUGCAUUUAGCUUCACGAAAGUACAAAAACAGAAUUUACUUCCUCUGGGCAGGGCAAAGUGUUAUCUAAGCUGUCACCUAACAAUGAUGAACUGACCUAGAAUUUGCCUAGAGGCUACCUUUCAGGCAAGAUCAAAACCCUACAUCUAUUCUGUUUUAGUAAAUAUGUUAUCCUUUUGCUUGUGGAUACACACAACUAGAAAGAGUACUUUAACUCUCUCUUGGGGGGGGCAGGAUGGGGAAAGAAUAUGCUCAAUUCUGGCAGGGCUGGAAAACUUGAGCCAUGAAGGAGUAGGAUUCAUUAUAUUUGGGGUUAGUCUCUUGCUUGUCUGAAUAAGAUGCACAGGGCUGAAUGUGUUGAGGUUUGGGUUGUUUUCCCAAUGUAGCCUCAGGCUUGUUGCGCGUAGUGUAGUUUGUCCUCAAAUCCUGAGACGACCUUUGUGAAAAUGUGAACCCCCAGAUUUCACUGUCGUUGCAGACAGUUCCAUUGCAUUGUCUGAUGCAUGGUUGUGGGUCAUUGUGACAGUCAAGGCAUUUACCAGGCACCUUCUCAGUAUAUGCAUUACAACGCCAAUAUCAGUAACCUUGUGCCAAUUGCAAAGGUAAAAAUGGAGGCCUUGAUCAUCCAAAGUUCCUUGCAUACUACUUUCUGAUUUGCUUUUUAUCUCCAGUUUACCCAUUGAUUGUAUACUCCAGUAAGCAAUAAGCAUAGGUAAAAGACACAAGCCCAGAGAGAGUGAUUUGCAUGAGGUUUCUGCUUCAAAAUCUCCACCCUUUCCUUAGUAAGCAUGACUUCUUCAUGUUGUAUCUGAACACCACCGUGCCCAGACCCGAUCUUCUCAGUGUCUCCUCUGUAAAUGCAAUAGUGAUAGGAAGUUUGUAAACCUUAGUCUGUAGUUUGGAAUGUGAAAUGCCUCCUCUUCAUAUUUAAUGUGUUUGUUUUUUUAAUGAGAAUUGAAUUGUUAGAACUGAUUGGUUUCUUGGAACAGCAUUGUGUAGGCUUCUAAGAUUUAAGGCCUCAGAGCCCAUUGCUUAGAGGUGCCACGUCAAGCCAAAGGCAUGUUUCAUGAAUCUAUUGCUAGGAUCAGCCAGUUGUAUAUUCCUUCCCAGCAGCAUGAGGAAAUAGAACUAGUCAUAGCUCUCCAAUGGAACAGGAAUUUCUAUUCAUGCUGCCAAGAACCCUUUUCUUCCCCCUUCCUGUGUUAACCUAGCAAACGUUUGAAAAAUCAUUCUGCAGUGACUUUGCCCUGUGUACCUCCCAGAUUUCAGCAGAGAAGCACUAUAAAAUAGGAGCAGGUCCCAAUUAGCUUACAAGAUCAGUCCCCAUCUCUGAUAUAGAAAUGGCACAUAUUUUUGGUGAGAUCCCUAUUACUUUGUGUCCUUCAUAUCUAGAGGGCUGAAGUGUCAACAUAUGAAUUUGAGGGAGUGCUGUUUUGCCAUAAGGGGAACAAAUGUGUAAGACCACAGACACUAUAAAACCCUGAGCAGCACCCACAAUUGUUACCCAGUAUUUCAACGAUCCAAUCCAGAGCUAAAAUCCCAUUAUUCUAAUGUGAGGCCUGUAUGCAUACAUAUACAUCUAAUACAGAAGAAAUGUUUCAGUACCCCCUGCAUUUUUUAAGGAACCAAUUUCUCCACUGAUGCAAAUAUUGUGACUGAUAUCUGGUGCUUUGACAAUAUUUAGUUGUGCAUGUGGGGCUGUGAGGAAUUUGACUGAAACUCAGCAGUAUCUGUUCCUAGGUUCCCUUUGGGAACCAAGGCUUUUCUCAUGUGGAUAGAGCUGGAGCCAGACAAAACAGGGAGCACCUGGGAUUUGUUGACCUUCCACCUUUGAUUUUCUAAUCCAGGCCAGGGCUCAGCGUUGGACAGUCAAACAAGUUUGGCUGGGAGUUUUCCACUGACAGCUUGACAGAUGCUUUGGAAGUUUCGGCAUAGCUAUUAGUCUGCUGGUGGGGGUGGGUGAGGGAGUUCCUGGCUUUGGCUGGAUGGACUUGACUGGACCUCAGCUCCUGGUGGAAAGAAAUGCUCAAGGUGUUUUGAUUUGGAAAGUGGUAGGUCUGGAAGAGGUCCCUCUUAUUUGAAGUCCCCAUGCUGAAGAAGCCACUAUCGACACAUAAAUAACUCUCAUUCAUUGACUGAAUUUACUUUGCCUGACAUUCAUUUACUUCAGUAGACCAGGCUGAGGCACUUGGUUGUGGGUUCCGUCCGCCCAGCCAUGACUGGGAAGUGGGGAGGCUUAGAAGUUACUGUGGCCUGCAGCUCCCAAAGGAAAUACCUGUUUGGAUUCUGCUGUGCCUGUGUUGGGGGUUGGAAUGGGGGGGGGGAAAGGAGGGGUGUUGGGUAUAAAACAGACCCGUUGGGUAUAAAACAGACCCGAUGCUCCAAUGUUCUUGAAACAUGGAACUGAAAACAGGAGGGGGUCGAAUCCUGCAAAUCUCACUGAGUCUAGUUGUGGGCAUGACUAAUCCAUGUGACGUGUGUUCAUGCACUUGGAAUGUUUUCUUUUGCUAGGAGCUGAAGGGAAUAUAUGAGGCAGCCCCGAGGAAGUCUUAUUCAGCCCAAAGAAAGAAGAGGCCUGUUGAAGCUAACUUUGUGUUUGGAUUUGGUCAUGAGAUCCCAGAGUUAUCACCCCAACCCAGCUGGAGGAUUUGUAGUUGCCUCAAAAUUAUUUGAUGAUGGUGUGCUUUGUGAGAUGAACGAGUUGGUUGAAGCAUUUUGAAAACUAGGGCUGAAUUCCUGAACACACUUACCUGGGAGAAAUUGAGUUUCAUCCAUUUUAAAAAUGAGAUCAGUAAACAUCAAGCUGGCCAAACUUUGGAUAUUAUGGUUAAUACAGGCCAGGUUCUUCGCAGUUAUUACAUGGAGGCAUCUCAUUCCAUCAUUCUCUUGGGGGAUGGGUUUCCUUGCCAUGUUUGCAAGCACAGCAAUCAUGGCCUACAGUGUUAAUAAAUGUCAGUCAGCUCUUUAACUUCAAAGACUUAACUCGGGAGUUAACACUCCUGGCUUGGUCUGAACCAAGGGAAGCAGUCUGCAAGAUGUCUUGGUCCCAAAUUGUUUAGUGCUUUAAGUGUCUGUAUCGAAAUAUGGACUUGACUGGGUAGCUUAUUAGCAGCCACUGCAGAUCUUUCAAUGCAAGUGGAAUAUGCAUAAAGAUGCCUCGAUAAUUUAUUUUAUGAGGUGUCAUAGAAAAAGCAAACAAAGAAAUAGAAGAGUGCCCUAGCAGCUGUAUUUUGAACUAGCAGGAGCUUUCAAACCAGGUGCAAAUGUAGCCCCACAUACAGUGCAUUGCAGUACUCUAAUUGUGAGGUUACCAUUGUAUGGACCACUGUAGCCAACGCUAUCCCUGUCUAGGAAUGGUUCUAGUUGACACACCAACGGAGGUUGAUGGGCACACCUAGCCACUGAGGGCCCCUGGACCCCUAGUGACAAAUUAAAUCCAGAUCCCUUGGGAACAUUGGAUCACUUUUACAGUUUCUGUAGGUGUGUGUAUUCUGUGUGUAUAUUUGUGUUCAUGCUGAAGGUCCUUUAAAAGGUUUUAUAGACCUGGCACACAUUACAUUUUGAAAAAGCACAUCUUUCACAAUCCAAACUUCAUCCCACAUCUUUUUAGUGGUGGGGAAUGAGAAUGAGUUGCUCUGUGGUGGUUUUUUAGGGCAUGAGGAGUCCUCAUGCUAAUUUUAUAGAGGAUGUUGUGUUUGGACUAGCAGAAUCUGGGGUCAGUGGAGUUCGUCAAGUAAUUGGGAAAGGAAGGAGUGUUUGGAAGAUAAGACAAGAAAAGGAAGUUGAAUUGGAGUACCGAUUUUACAUUAGGCGAGGGGUCCUUCACCACCAUCUCUCACACACACACGAAAGUAGUAGAAGUUGGCAGGAUACUUCUCGGUAAUUGGGAUUGUGCUGCUGCUGCACCUCUUUAAAAUGCAUCCUGUUUGAGGAUUCUGAAGGGGAAGGGCCUAUUCUGCUCAGAGCCUAUUCUGCUCAGGUUAUGAGGAUGAUGGAAUUUUACUGUACUGAUACUACCGGUACUAUGGUGUAAGCUGCCCUGAUCCUAAGGUAUAUUAUAUAGGAUGUGAAUCUGAAGAGGGCUUUACCUGCAAGCUUGCAUAUGUUUGCAUAGAAUACAGUAACUGUUGCUUUCUCAUCCCUUACUUAUUAAACAAACAUAUGGGGGGGAAUCAAAACUUCUGCUCAAGGUAUAGACAAAUUUGGCGGCUACUAUGCAGAAUGGCUAUGUUAUUCCACCACUUUGGGAUCAAUAGCCCCCUGAAUGCUAGUUGCUGGAAGCAGCAAGUGGGGAGGGCUCUGUUGGAGGCAUCCCAUAAACAUUUGGUUGACUACAGUGAGAGAUCUUUUUAUUGGUUGUAGAGGGGAGUAUUAUCCCUCCUCCCCCCUUUUUUGCCUCCCUAGAAGAAUUCUAAAUUUAUUCUCCACCUAUGUUCCCUAAAUUAUCUCAAUGGACAACUUUGAUUAGAGCCUAGAAUUGAAAUGGAAAGAGGUGGGAUCUGUCCUACACAUCUGAGGUUCUCCAUGCAUUUUAGAGGGUGUUUUGUCACCAGGGUAGAAUUCCCCUGCUUAGACAUUAUCCCCUUUCCCUUUGUUGCUCUUUCCCUGUCCCUUCUCUGCCUUCUACUUCCUGCCUUCUGUAAUUUGGCCCUUUCUCAGUGCUUGUUCUGAAUCUGGCACAAGGGGAUGCUUUAAUAUUUUUGUGGUUUCCAGUGUUGUAGUGCAGGACAACAGUUUAAGAACUUUCUUUGUAUUCUUGCAUUUGAGGUGGCUUUGCAAACUUUUUGAACCUGCCUGCUCAACCUACCCUACAUUCUGUCCCUUGCCUCAGCUUACCCAAUGCUAACCCUCUGCUCUACAGUAGAGUGCACAGCAGCCCUUCAGCACAGUACAAAGAUCUGUGAAGGACACAUGACACUCACGUGACAUACCUUGCAGGGGGUUGGACUAGAUGACCCUUGGAUCCCUUCUAACUCUGAAGAUUCUAUGAUUAGAAAAGGAGUAGAAUAAGACACCUCUGUGAUCCCCUCCUAAAGCUACUUUUCCCAAAUCUGAUUGGGAUGGUGGUGUAAAUUUGAGAGAAGGCAUCCCUCAGUCCAGUAUUACUCAGAGAGGAUCCUCUUGGUUGAUAGGCAGAGGAAGGGUACAGUUUUCUCAGUCAUAUUCUUCCCUGGACAUUUGUUUCCUCUUCCAGGUUUUCCACCUAUUUCCUACCCAAUCUUUCCUGCAGUUCAAAAGCCACUGUUCUAAAGAAAUAUAAAAUGACUUUGAGUUGAAGUGGCCCCCUUGAGUAGGACUUCUACUGCUUAGGAGCUGCCCCUUGUCCUCCAUCUUUGGUUCCAUUCCUUUUCAUGUGUCCUAGUUUCCCUUUCUCUUGAACAUACGAAACUGACUUACACUGAGUCCAUCCAAAGGUCUAUUUGGCCAGGGCUGUCUACUCAAACUAGCAUCAGUUCUCCAAUGUCUCAGAUCUUUCCUAGUGCUGCCUUUCAGUUGGAGCUAUUGAGGAUGGCUCCUGGAGCUUCUUCUAUGCAAAGCAUCUGCUGAGCUGUGGUUCCUAUGGCUACUGCCUUGGUGUUCAUAACAAAGCUCUUUCUGUUUUACCCCAGGAAAAAUGCAAACCUGUAGGAUAUUUAUUUUGACCCAUUUGUUUAUUAUGCAAAAACUCUAAUACAGCGUUCAGAAUUUGGAGAAGAUUGACAAGGAGAAAUUUGGUGCCAGGAAAGAUACCGAAAGUUAAUACCAAUUAGUGCCAGUACAUGCAGGAGAUGGCAGGUAACAAAGCAGACACUCUUUCAAAUUUCACUCAUCUAGCAGAUUGGGUUAUGAACAGCACAGCUUGCUGUAAGUUGUAGAAUAUGAGCUGGAACACUGACUAGUAAGUCUUGAGAUAAGUUAUAAGUAUUGCUAGUUAUUAAAGUUUAAACCCACAACUGCAUCCCAUGGAUGGUGAAGCCUUCUCUUCCCAUCAUCACCCUGUGGUUUGUUUGCACAUGAUGUGUCUCAGUGACCAUUGGGAAAUAAAAAUGAGACUCCAGGCAGAUAAAAGCCCAUACCAGAAAUGUCCAUAGAUCUCAUUCCACAGCUCCCUUUCUUUGCUUUCCACCAUGCUGCCCAUGCUACGGUAGUACAAUCAACAUUCUUGGGGGGGGGAGUAAUGGGGUUGGAAUAAAUCAUGCAACUUAACUCGAAAAUUUGCAUAAUUCCUAUUCUGGGUGCAAGGUAUCUGUCUGCGUGUUACAGACCUUGCACUUCUUUGUUGGGAGUACAUGGUUGUCUGGCUUUGCAUGAAUAUGAGUGCUUCUUCUCCAUUAAGACCUUGACAGAUACAGUUGGACUUUCUCCUCAUUUAUAUCAGUGGCUUAGUGAACUUGCCUUUUGAGAUCAGUGUGCUCCUGCGAUAAUCUGCUUUAAAGCUGACUUGGUUCUCGUAUGCCUUGCAGAUAAGGAUGGAGUGUGGUGCUGUGGCAAGAAAACAUUCUCUGCAAGCAGAAGAUUGCAUGUUCAGUCCCAGGCAUCUCCAGGUUUGGCUCAGAAAGACUCCUCUACAACCCUGGAGAACUGUUGCCAGUUGGUGUAGAGUGAUUGGUAUUAAGCUAGGCAGACAAAUGGUCUGACCUGGUAUCAGCCAACUUUCUGUGUUCUGUCACAGAGGGAUGUAGGAAGAACAUGAGCAUGUGUGCUGGUGCUUGGGAAUGCCAUCCUGAAAACUCUACCUCACUCAAGGCUCUUUUGUGACUUGCUCACUGCUGAUUUAGGCAAUCCUCUGCUUUCUCUUGUUUCUGGCAUCCAUGGGUGGAAUGCAAAAUAUAUGCAGUCUUUGGUUUUGCGGAGUGCAAAGAUAGAGUUGUUCUCUCAUCUCUCUGCUUUGCUGAAUCAGAAAUGUGUGCCUGCUUCUACUUCUGGCUCAUUCUUAAGGUGGCUGCCCUUGCAAGAGUGUCAGGCCCUCUUUGUUCACAGGCCAGCAAGUUAAUUCUGCCAGUGCCCACGUCACUGAAAACAUUUAGGGGACUUUCUCUUCAGACUCUGUUGACACUGAUGUUGUAAUGUUCUAAGAACAAUGAUACUGCUAAGAGUUCUCUUUUGUAUCACCAUAUCCUUCCCCCAACCCCCUUCUAAAUUCCUGACUAAUAUUUAUUUUUGCAAGGCAUGUGGAAAAAACACAACUUCCUGUUCUAAACUGCCCUCAGUUUUUUAGCCAGGCGAAUACAGUUCCUCUGAAACAGUUAAAAGCAAACCUGUUCUUCUGCAUGACGCUUGCCUAGUUUGGCAUUCAAGCACACAACUGUUUUCGGCCAGAUUCAUGAGGCCCUCUAAAGUUGCAUCCAGAGCUGUUUAUACUAUGCAGUUAAUACCUGAGCAGACCUUUUGCAGAACAUGCACUCUGGAAUAGAAUCCAGGCACUGGAGAUUGUAAUCCUCAUGGCUGUGAAGAAAUGCAAGUAACAUGUAUGUGACUGGUGCAAGGCUGGGAGUGAGUGCCUUUUGAGUGCCCUAGUUGAGGGUAUUGUUGCCGCGGGGGGGGGCGUGUGUGUGUCUUCUGUGUUCUGCUUUUAGCAAUGUGUUCCUGUGGGAUCAAUCGUUGCAACUGGGUAGCCAGAGGUGGGAAGUAACUAGAUUUCCUUCCUUGACUGCCCCACCUUAGUUUUGUUUUUCUGCUUCAUUUUUAAGCUCCCCAUUCAAACUAUAGGCAUGUUUGGUGCUACUUCAGUUGAAUAGUCAGGCAUAGGGUAGGGCGUGGGCGUUCCCAUUUGUCAUGUGCGUGUUGUGACAGAGAUAUGGCAGUGGUGGCUGGGCUUGCCAGGUGAGAUAAGGAGGUGUUGAGCAAAAAGCAAACUUCGCUUUUUACUCUACCUCCUUUACUGGGGACUCUAAUUGCCAAGUCAGCUUCUCUUUGCCUGUUCCUGUUAAAUGCCAGAUCAGUCUUAAAAGGAACAGCGGUAAUUCAGCAUUUGAUCCUGGAUAACAAAGCCACUCUGGCGUGGAUCACAGAGCUGGUGGGAUGAGGCAGCUGACCCUGCGACUGUCCUACUUUCUCCAGCCAGGUCCAUGGUGGUAUUGUGACGCCCAUCAGAGGGGAAAGCGAGCACGAGAAGACAGGGUGGGGCCUGCGCCUGUGAAGGAUGCUGAAGAAAAGCAACCUGGUUCUCUGGGGCGUGGUGCUUUUUGUGGCCUGGAACGCCCUGAUCCUCUUCUUCCUGUGGACUCGGCCUCAGUCCUCCUCUGACCACAGCCGCCUCACUGAAGAGGUCAUCCGACUGGCCCAGGACGCAGAGGUGGAGCUGGAGCACCAGAAGGAGCUCCUGCAUCAAAUCUACCGCUACAGUGCUCUCUGGAACAGGAGGAAGGCUACCGAAGCCAAAAGACUCCACCUCUCGGUUGCGUCCUCCGCCCUGCCUUCAACAGCUGCCCCCUUGUCCCGUCGCAGCCAAAUCUCUCCGGACGCCGUCUUGCCGGUGCUGGUGAUUGCCUGUGACCGCAGCACGGUCCGCCGUUGCCUCGACAAGCUGCUGCAUUACCGCCCCUCCAAGGAGCGCUUCCCCAUCAUCGUGAGCCAGGACUGCGGACACGAGGAGACCGCCAGGGUCAUCGCCUCCUAUGGAGACGCCAUCAUGCACAUCAAGCAGCCCAACCUGAGCGACAUCCCUGUGCCCACCGACCACCGCAAGUUCCAAGGCUACUACAAGAUCGCCCGACACUAUCGCUGGGCCCUGAGCCAGGUUUUCCGGAACUUCAAGUACCAGGCGGCCAUUGUGGUGGAAGAUGACCUGGAAGUCGCUCCAGACUUCUUUGAAUACUUCCAGGCCGCUUUUCCACUCCUGCUCGCCGACCCCACCCUUUGGUGUCUCUCCGCCUGGAACGACAACGGCAAAGAGCAGAUGGUAGACGCCAACCACCCGGAGCUCCUCUACCGUACGGAUUUUUUCCCCGGGCUGGGCUGGCUUUUGCUGUCUGACCUGUGGGACGAGCUGGAGCCCAAGUGGCCCAAGGCCUUCUGGGAUGAUUGGAUGCGACACCCUGAGCAACGGCAGGGCCGUUCGUGCAUCAGGCCCGAAGUGUCGCGCACCAUGACUUUCGGCCGCAAGGGCGUGAGCCACGGUCAGUUCUUUGACCAGUACCUGAAGUUCAUCAAGCUCAACGACCGCUUCGUGCCUUUCACCCAGAUGGACCUCUCUUACCUCAAGAAGGAUGAGUACGAGCGCUCAUUCCUAGCCCAGGUCUACGGGGCCCCUGAGCUACGGGUCGAGGAGCUGCAGGGUAACCAGCGCCGGGAGCUGGGCACUGUCCGAGUGCAGUACACCACUCGCGACUCCUUCAAGGCCUUCGCCAAGGCCUUAGGGGUCAUGGACGACCUCAAGUCCGGAGUGCCCCGUGCCGGCUACCAGGGCAUUGUCAGCUUCCUCUUCAGAGGCCGCCGCGUUUACUUAGCACCUCCUUCGGACUGGACAGGCUACGACCCUAGCUGGAGUUAGCAGCUGACAACCCUUAAGCAUGUUGGACCCUGUUGUCAAAGGGGUGCUUGGAGUUGGGAGUGGGGGGCGGGGACAAAACUCUGUAUUUUUCUUUUCCUGUGUGGCAUUCGAGUGCAUUCCAGGGAUGAGGGUGGUUUUGUGCACUUAAAAUUAUGGGGUAGGAGGGGCGGGGUUGCGGGGGUUAUUCCGAUGCCCCAAAGAGGGGGUGAGGUGGAGCGUUUUGAGUGCUCUCUCCGUUCUACCCUCCAGUGCCUAUUCUCCUUUUUUUGACGUGGUGGUCUGUUCACUCAUUAGAUCCUUGGUGGCUUCUCCAAGUCGGUGUGUUUUUGAGGUCAAAGCCCGUGCUAAACCAAAGCAGCAACCCAUCGAGGUUUUCCCAGCUUCGCUGAGCUCACGGAAGCCUGUGCAGCUUGCGGCCCAGCAAGCCAGGUGCAGCUCCGCAGGCACACAACAUGGGUUGAUAACUUCCCUGUUCCAAGCAAAAAAGUUGCUGACCUCCUGUUAGGUCGCUUUGCUUGGCUGGUGUGUUGCAUUCUGCCUGAUGGGUCGCAGUUUGUUCAGGCCUGAGCAAUAGGGAGGAAAUGAGGGCCUUUUCUCCCCUCUUGACUGCCUGUUCCUUUCUCAUUUGGACAUAGUUGAAUGCUAGCAUUGCAAAAAGGAAACUCCUUUGGACGUUCAGUGAGUCCCUUAGAAGGACCACUUUUAUUGACCAUAUUGGCCAUUUUUACUUGGGUCUCCUGAAUAACUCAUUAUUGAACUGUGUUCGAUGGGAGGUAAGGUGCGUGCACUGAUAAAGGUGAUGUAAGGAUUGCUCAGGUGAGGCGAGUGUCUAAAUCUCCGGUUGUUUUUACCUGGGUAAUAAGGAAACGGUGGCAUGGGGGGAGAUGUAGUCGGUUGCCAAAACUGGUUCUUGUCAGCUGGUCCUUUCUGUAAGCUACGGCGACUGAAAUCCGGAAGGGCUGGACCAUUUCAGAUGGCAGGUGGGGGAUUAAAUUUGAAAACUCACCCACAUGAAAUUCCCCUUAUAUGUGCAAGGCUAGCAUGUCCAGGAGAAGGUCUUGGGCUAGCUUUUUCCGUGACGUGUGUGAAGGAGCAUUCGAACUCCCACUUAGUCAGAAAUGGUACCGUCCUGAACGCCUAUUUGCUCUCAGUUAUGUUUUGUAGCCACCAUUAUAUAAUAGCUACAUGACAUUUAAGGAGAGGUUGGCUUAAUUAUGGCGUGAUGCCACGUUCUCUUCCCAGAUUGAGUGAGGAAACUUGUCCCCAAUGGCUGCCUUAAUUCGCCUUGGGUUUUGGGGGGAGGGGCAGUCUCUAAAUUCAGCCCCAGCACAGAGGUGGCUUAUCCCUGAGUAGCUUUCUUGCAACUGGUUGCCAUAUUAGCACUGAUCCACCACCAGGUCUGUGGGAGCAACGGGGCAGAGGGAGAAUCCCCGAGUCAGCAGAACACACCAUGGGAGGAGCCCAGCCUUACUCAGCGGUGCAGAAGCUUCUUUCCCCAUUCUUGCCUCUAGAAGGCGCUGCUGAGCUGCUCCAGAGCCACUAGAUAAAAUAAGCAUGGAGAAGGAGUUUCGGACCUCAUAUGGCCAAAUUCAGACCACACCAAAGGGUAGUAUUUUGUUUCUUUCUUUGGAUGCUGUAUUACUUUCUGUCUUUUUUAAAAACAACAACACAAAACUCUCCAUGGUGAAUGAAGAAAGAAAUACGGGGUUGUAUUCAACUUAGCACUAAGGAGAUCAUUCUGUCAGCGCAGCGGUUUCUUCUGGUCCAACAGAAUGAUCUCCCCUGUUCUCCUCCAUCCCUGUGUGCUGUUCUGGGUUUUCCUAACCCUCUGAAGCAGAUAUGGAAAGGGCGUGGGGAGGAGAGGGGAGAAAGUCCUAUUGUGCUAGCUGGGAUCCUUCCAUUGGCUUUCACUGGUUCCACAAUUUCGUUGAAUACGGCCCCUUGUCUCUGCUUUGGAAUUCCACUUCAGUAAGGAAUUUCUCUCCUGCGGCCAAGUUCAGCGAAAUGGGUGUGGGAGGCCUUCCUUCCUCAUCUGUUUUCCUAGCUGGUGCAGAUGGAAGAACAGGAGAUGAUGCCUCUGGGGAACCACAUUUGAAUGAACUUGUUGCAUCUAUUUAAUUAUGUUUCAUUAUUACUUCCUUGAAAAUGCAGUAUUGCUACUGGGAUUGUGAGAGAAAGAUGUCUCUUCCGUUGAAAACCCUGAUCAUGAGAUUAUUAUUUUCUUUUUCAAAGGGUGAUCCAUCUCGGUUUUCUCUCAGAGGUGGAACCUCUGUGAGGGGAUACAUAUUGGUAAGGUUUUGGGGAAAAUAUUCCGUUCGAAAGGGUGUUCACUUAUGAAUGGGGAGAUUCUUCAUUGAAGGCAAAGGCCUUCUUUUCUCCUCUUGAAUGGGUACCUGUGGACAGACCAUAGGAGGUUGAAAGAGAGCGUGUGGUGAUGGCGAGUUGCACUCUCGGUAGGUCCUACACCCUUCUUUGAAAUUUGCCUGAAUUGGGAGUGGCAGGGAGACAUCAAGAUGAAAAUGAGGAGUACCUCCAGGACUCUUUAGUUCGGGGUUCACAUUCCUAGACUCAAACUGAUUUCCAGUGCAGGGAAGGAAGCACUUGAAAUAUGACCUCUUUGGCCAGUGAAAGGCGGUUAGUGAGGUUGGGGUUGGAGGAAGGAGGAGCACAUUAUGCCCCUAUGCUUCCCCUUUCUGUCUUUAGGGGCACAGGCAAAGUCCCCUGAAUUAGAAUGGGAAGGAGAGAUCCUCUCCCUUUUACCGCAAUUGCUCACCUUGCCUGUGUAUCUACCCUUCUUCCUCGUGUCCAGGCAGGAGUUGGUAUUAUUACCCACCUGUAGAAUUCUGAAGAUUCAGCCAGUGGGUGGGACAGUGUUUUUAGGGAACUGACUCUACCUUUAACACCAGUGCAAGGGCCUGACAUUGAGGACUUUCUCUGUCCUUCCCACCCAACCCAUUGUUUUGGGUGGCACAGUUCUGUCCAUCCAUGUCAUCUAUGGCCUGAACUCUUUCUUGUGGCAUGUGGUCCGUGUUUUGUGUGAAUGUCCUAGCUCACAGUGCUACUACCUCCCUUUCCAUUCCCAGGGAGUGCUUCAGGUGAAGGGACUUGAGAUCAGCUGAGAUGGCAUUGGCCCCGGAAGAACAUUUUGGGUCAGUUGGGGAGAAUCCACCAGCAUCUUCAGUUCCCCCCUUCUCUCCCAAGCUCCCUUUCCGCUCCUGGAAUGGUCCAUUUUGAAAUUCCAACUGAAAGCAAAAGCUUGUGAAAUUUCGGGGUGGUUGAACUCUUAAGGUGUUUGCUAGAGAGAUGCUGUUUUUAAUGUCCAAAUUUCAAUUGGUGAAAUGUUUGAAGAUGCAAAAACUUAUUUUCCACAGCAAAAUAAAAGCCGGUCCUUUUCAAACA